AUGUUCUAUUAUCCGGAAGGCCCGCUACCACAAUUGAGCCGAAAUCGCGGCAGCUUUUCUUCGCCAUCGAUGCGACCGAUGUCCUCCCUGUCAUCCGGUUCCGCUGACAGCGACUUCUACGGAAUACACCCACCUCCCCCGUCAUCGGUCGUGCCACCACCGCCUUCGUUGUCGUCUUCCACGUCACGUCCACCCAGUCCAGGACUACAGGUUAGUGCCCUUGAACAGAUUAGCAGUUAUUAUUUUAGUCACGUUUUCAUGACUACCAAAACCGGCUUUCUUACGAAAAUAUUAAGUGAUGACAAAUAA